GAAAGUGAGAGGGGGGGAAAAAAAGUAAAAGUGAUCAUGACUACCACUACGGUCGUCUCUGCGACCCCUCCUGUCCUCUCACCCGGCCCAGGAGUACCUUCCUCCGGGGGAAUAUUCCCCUCCGACCCGUUUUACACCCCCACAACCACCAGCCCUCAUCAAGACUCCCCAUCCCUGCGGCUCACCACCACGGGACUCCUCAACCCCUUCCUAUCCGGUUCAGGAGUCCCAUCCUGCGGCUUGGGAUUCAACAACACCCCGGUGUUUGGAGAUCGAGUAAUUUCCACCACCACCGCUGCGACCACAACCAGUGAGUGCAGAAUGGUGGCUGUACACGGAGUAAAAGUUGCCUCUUUCAGCGUCGGAGGACAGGACGAAUUGAUUUGUCUACCCCAAGUAUUCGAUCUCUUCCUAAAACACCUCGUCGGCGGGCUUCAUACCGUUUACACCAAGCUGAAACGUCUGGAUAUAUGUCCGGUUGUGUGUACGGUCGAGCAGGUACGCGUCCUGCGGGGGCUCGGCGCUAUUCAACCGGGAGUUAACCGCUGUAAGCUCAUCUCCAGGCGAGACUUCGAGGCGCUCUACAAUGACUGCACAAAUGCAAGCUCUCGUCCGGGCCGCCCUCCGAAGCGCUCUGUUGGGGGAGGGAUUCAGGAAAGCUCCAGUCUUCACGGCCUACUGUCACCUGGAAUGCUCUCUCACACAGCAGCAGCCAUGGCAGAGCUUCAGAAGAUGAAGAUGAUGAUGAUGCAGGGGUGCGGAGCCAACGGUCACAAUGGGAACAAGUCAGACAAUGAAGACAUGCCCUCUAAUACAGGUGGGAAUGAGUGUUCCUGGGAUAAGGAGAGGCGUGUGUCGCUCCCCUCUGGAGGUGGAGGUGUGGGCGGAACAGGGUUGGGAGGACAACAGAGACUAAAUAUCCAGAUGAACUCACUACAGCAGCAACUACUGGUCAACCGUCUCCAGGACCUCCCUUUCAUGAUGAUGCCCCACCCCUUACUUCCUGUCAGGUUGCCCCCGGCGUCAGUUGCCAUGGCGAUGUCACAGAUGAACCACCUCAACACCAUCGCCAACAUGGCGGCCGCCGCGCAUAUAUACACACACACACACCGGGCCCCUGUCAUCAAGGAGCGUGUGUGUGACAGUCAGUCCCCCUCUCCGUCUCUAGAAGACACACACACUCCUCUCCUCUCUCAGCACUCCUCACAUCUCAGCUCUACAACGUCACCAGACCCUCUGAACCACGACACAGACCUUACUGAAAGAGACAUAUUAGUGCACAUUCAAAAAAUGGCAAGAGAGAAAGAAGACUCCUCAUUUGAUAGGCUGUCCUCAGGCCAGGCCCUGCCCCCUGGCUUCCCUGCUCCGUUCCUAUUCGCUGCCGGCAUUUCCUCUGCCGAGACUCUACUCACCAACAUACAGGGCUUGCUGAAGGUGGCUGUAGAGAAUGCCAGUGUCCAGGACAAACAGAUCCAGGCAGAGAAGAGAGAACUGAAGAUGGAGCUGUACAGAGAGAGAGAGUUGAGAGAGAGUCUGGAGAGACAACUCGCCUCCGAACUACAGAGCAGAGCCUCUAUCCAGAAGCGCUUGAAGAAAGAGAGGAAAUUGAAGAGGAAGCUGCAGGAAAUGUUGGCGUUUGAGUCCAAGAGGAGGGAGAGAGUUGAAGAUGCUCUCAAACACUGGUCCUCCUCAUCUCUCUCUACUCCUGACACACGAUACACCAGCAGUAAUGAUAUGGAGGUACCAGAAGAACAACCUGAACUGAAUGGUAACCAGCAUGACAAUCCAACUGUCCAAGAAUCCUGUGCAUUCCUGAAGACCCCCCCUGCUGUUCUAAUUAACUCGCCGUGAACUCAUCACGGAACGCCAGCCUGUUGCCACGACAGCCUGUAAAGUGAACAACUCCCCGCAAGCACUUCCUGAUGGAUUGACUGAAAGGAAAAGGAGGGACCUAGAAUAAGGGGAUGGGUAAAGUAAUGAACUGAUUUAACUAAAAAGAGAGAAAAAUACCUUCAUGGUCAGAGAGACUGCGUCAGAAUGUUCUGUUAGUUCAUUCCUUUGUUCAUUCAUCCCUCAGCUUCCAUUCCGUAGAACACUCCUUUUGAUUGGCCCGAUAAAUGAGAGAGAGAGAGAGAGAGAGAGAGGGAG